AUGAUCAUCAACGCGGACAAAACGGUGGUAGGGCUUCAACCGCUACCCGAAGCUGAAUUCAGUGUUUCUCGAAUCCACGUCAAUGGCACCCAUUUGAAGACCGUGGACAACUUCGCCUACAUAUGCACCACACUCUCAGGCUGCAUCGAAAUUAUCGACGGAGUGGCUCAUCGGAUCUCGAAAUCCAGGCAAGCCUUCGGACGAUCGCAGUGCUCUGUAUGGAGUGAAUAUCGUCGCUACCUCAACGGCGAACUGGUGAUGUACAAAACUGUCAUGUUGAUGAGGUUGUUGCAUGUUGCGGAGACCUGCGCAAUCUAUGAAAAACAAGCAUGGGGACCCGAUCACUCCCACCUCAGUUGUCUUCAGGCACUCCUUAAGAUAAGGUAACACCACAGGAUCCCCGACACGUUAUGCGAGGCAAAUUUAACCACAAAGGAAUGGCCACCUCGUCAGACAUCUCCAAAUUCAAUGCAUCGACAGAUCGACAACUCCAGUUGUUGCCUUCCGGGAAUUGCAAAGUCCUCUGAAUGAGUGGACCCGACGCAAACUGCCGCCACUGACGCAAUACUGAUCAUAUAUUUCAGUAUAUUUAAGUUCGAUAGGCAGUGCCUUUGAUGACCCUGUUGACAAUAAUACUUACAAAACGCAAAUUUAUAUAAACAUGGUACUAAACUGUUGUCAGUGACAAACACAUUUUACUGAAUAUAGUCUCCCAAAAUGCGGGACGGUAACCCGGGCACCUUCAGUUGUAAAUUGUAAUGCCAAAUAUAAAAUAACAAUCAUCCGCAUUAACGACAGGUGUAGGCAAAACGUCGGUUUGUUAUAACAGGACAUUUCUGUCCAGCUAAGCGGUAUUUGUUAAGCAAAUGUGUAUCCAGACUUUGUUUAAAUGUAUCCUUUGUGUCCGCGACAAUCACUUCCUCGGGAAGUCAGUUCCAGGCAUCGACGACUCGCUGAGAAAUGGAGUGCCCGCGUCAAGUCAGGUGGGAUCAAACUCCUCGAAGAGUGAGGGAGUCCCUACUCAGGUUUGCUGUUGCAGCCAAGGCGAAAAAAUCAUUGAAGUUUAGGACACACUCCUGAUUUCUCACAAUCCGGUAGUUCUGUAUGAAACUUCCUCGAAUCUCCCUUUUCUCAAGAAGAAAUAGGUUAAGCUCAUCAAGCUUGCAGCUGUAAUGUAAAGUAUUGAAACCUUUUGCAAUUUCGCCCCUCCCCCUCUAAACCCUUUCCAGAAACUUAUAGCCUUUUUUCAGCCAGGGGCGCCACGCUUAGACUCCAUAUUCCAGUUGUGAACGAAUAAAGGCUCCGCACACUUUUCGAAAUAGUUCUUUGUUUAUAUCUAUGGAAGUUCUUUUAAUGGCAAAUUGAACACCAGUUUCUCUUUUGGCCGCCCUAACGCAUUGAUUGGAGGGCUUCAGAGACACCAAAUGUUUAUCACAAGGCCUUUUUGUUCGGUUACAUUUGAAACUCACCUUCUGUCAAGGAUAUAUUGGUGACCUUCUCCACUUGCUUUCCCCUUCUUCGUUUUGAGUCGUUUUGCGAUACACUUCUCAAGGAUAUACUUCAGUAGCCAUUUAUCGGGCCAUUGGCAUAAACGGUUAAGUCCAUCCUCUAGAGUCCAUUCAUCAUUCUCGCGGUUCAUCGUUCGUCAUACUUUGGUGUCAUCAGCAAACAUGACCCUUUAGCAGUCCAGUCAAUUCUUACAUCAAUGACAAAUUAAAAACAGUAGUGGUCCGAGCACAGAACCCUGGGGUACUACACUCAUAACUGGCACUGACAUCGAUUGUGCACUGGCAAUUCACGCAGACUGCGAUCGGCAGGUCUAUAAGUUUUCGAAUCUGUUUAGGGGGUUCCCCUUACCCCAGACUCCCGGACCGGCAGUGUGGAAUACUAUCAAAGGCUUUCUUGAGAUCCAUAUAAACAACACCGAUAUAUUUACCUUCAGCUGACGGGCGAGAUCACUGCUUCAUUGAAUAGAGCCUAUUGGUUAGACAGGAGUGGUUUCUUUGAAAGCCAUGUAGGGAACUACCAACGAAGUCCUUUUUUGAGGAACUUUAAAAUAUAUUUUUUGACUAGUCUGCCCAUAAAUUUACAGAAAAUGUAUUUUAGGCUCACCGGCCGAUAACUGUCGGCAUCUGUUCUAGAUCUAACCUUGUGGAUUGGAUAUAUAUUCGCCAUCCUCCAAUCAGAGUAGAGAAUGCCUCCGUCAAAGGGCGACUAGAAAAUCUGCGAGAGCAGUCUGGAGAGUUCGUAUGCAAGCUCAUUCAAAACUUUUUACUGCUUUUUUUCUUGUGUUCAAAAGAGAUUGACAUUGCCAAAGAGGUACUCUAAUAAACCCAUACUAUUCCAUUUAUUCCCGGAGACUUGUGUUCAUUAGGCACAAUAAAUUCCUUCUUUUCUACUACUACUACUACUACUACUACUACUACUACUACUACUACUACUACUACUACUACUACUACUACUACUACUUCGUCUGUGCAAUCAAUGCUUCCCAUUGUUGCAAAGUUUGUUCCAGUAGGCAUUUCAGCCUGGUCAAAAUCCGUUUUAUCGGUGAAAACAGAUGCGAAAGACUGGCUUACGUGUUUAGCCUUAGCAUAAUUUUCGAUAAUGUCCUCAUUGUUUUCUCCUUUUAAUACUAAGGCAGUCUCUUUCUUAUUCAACCUGCUGUUAGAAUAACUGAAGAAUACAUUUGGUUUAUCAAGUGCCUGUUUCGUAAUUCGCGUUUUAUACUCAUUUUGGGGCUUUCGGGUGUUUGACCUUACCUCGUUUUUUUGACGAAAUUGCUCACAAUGUAGAGUUUGUUUUAUUGUGACAUGCCGUCUCCAAAGUUUGUUCUUCUGGGUUACCUUUUCGUUUAUAUCUCUCGUUAACCAGACAGAAUGAUUUGUCUUUUGGGCUAUCUUUGUUGGACUGUUCCGAUGCGUAACGGGACUUAAAACACCAUUUACAUUGUCCUAAUCAACAUCUGGAUGUCCGGCAUGAACGCCAUGCCAGUCCAUUAUCGAUAAUUAUUUUCUCAUAACAUCAAAAUUUCCUCGUCAGAAAUUCAGCCGAGGCGCAGUCGUCUCCAUCUGUUAACUGGAUAAGCGGUAUUCCAAAAACAGCAUGACACGGUCACUCCUACCAGGCGGUGCUAUGAACCUAAGUUCAGCAGCACUAGUUGGGUCUUUUGUAGGGCCGCGGUGCAGAAGCUUGCCCAUUGAGCCUCUUUGAUUCUAGUCGGAAAGGGGGCGUUCUGAAUGAGAAACAAAGUAAUUGCCAGUUUUAAGAGUCUGGAAUCAAAGGAAUUAUGAGCACCGUUUACUAAUAAAUUGUUCCUGUCAACCAUCGGUGCGUUGAAGUCUCCGGCUAUCAACGCGUCUUGGUUUUAGGCCACCUCUUUAACUAACCCAAAAAUCGCCCCAUCAACCUCUGGAGGUUGAUCUAGAGGCCUGUAUACGUUCAAGAAACUCAGAUCAGGUGCACCGCGCAUCUUAAAUCUUAACCAAAUUGCCUCACAGUCACGGGAGAUAUUACUUCUCUGUUCUGACGCAAUGAUCCCUCGUUUGACGCAGAUGGCUAGCCCUCCUUCUUUUUAUGUAGCCUAUCUGAGCGAAAAGGUGGUAUUCGUUGAGAACAAUUUCGGCAUUCAAUACUUCGGCCUGUAAUCAAGUUUCCGUGAUAGAAAUGACAUCCAGUUGCUUAUCUGAUACCCGUGCUUCUGGAAUAAACUCUAAGUAUCUGUAUGAAUAAAGUGAAGUUUUGGCCCGCUAGAUUUUUGAAAGAUUUUUGGAUCGAGGUUGUUGGAUUCUUCGUAUGGUUUAUCCAGUCCAUUGUCCCAUUUUCGGGUUUGCUGUUGUUUGAUCGAACUGGACUCAGUGUAUUGAUCGUCGUUUUCGCCGGCCGAUACGGCAGAUAGGAUCGUUCUUUUUUAUAAUCUGGUUGUCCAUUAUGCUCAGUGUUAUUGAUUAUCUCCUGAGGAAUGAGCUCCGAACAUAGACGAUUUUCCCAUCCAAUGUUCUUAAAUUCUUCCUACCAAUCGGUCGGCGAGAAGUCCUGCUGAAAAAAUUGUUGGGUCAACGGUUCGGAGUACUGGUUUCCGAUUUGGUAGUAACAACGCAUAUUCUUCAUUUUGGAGGACAAUUUUUAACGGUGUGUUUUGACAUGAUUUAUCAUUUGAACCGUUAAUUUGGCCUAUCUUAAAGGCUCUUAAGGCGGCGAUGUCGUCAUUCCCUUUAAAAAUGGAUUUGAGAUGAUGAUGUAGUUAUUCCAUCUCGUGGUUUAUUCCAUUCUUUGGGAUGUCCAAAACAGACUUCCUCAUAUCCUUUAUGAUGGUUCAUUUAUUUCAACCAAGUAGAUUGUUGCAGUGUUUAUUCAUAUGCGCAGAGUCUGCACAACACCAACUUCUGUUGUCAUCAUCAUUUGGUUCAGAGACAGUUGUAGUGGCGUAAUUACCGCAGGGUUCCUCGUCUACCGGAGCUUCUUGACAAUGUGACACUCAUUCGGCGGUCCGGUAUUCGUUUGCUUUGUGUGCAGAUUGCUCUCCCACACUGACAUUCUGGCCUGAGUUCUAUUUUCGCGACACUUUGUGACAUUUCUUUGAUUUCUGAGACCCCUUUCCCUCGUUCUUUUCGCUCACAAGAGACUAUUUCUGGGCUAUAAUUAGUUACCUGGACGAACUGUAUUCUUUCUCAGGGCUGAUACAGUUAUGGAGGCCAUGCUUGCAUAAGUACUAUUUAUUUUCUGAAAUUCUGACAUCGCGGACUCUCACGUUUCAGAUGGAUAGUGAGGAAGUUUCAGCAAUGCCCCCGUCCCAAUUUUCAGGUCUUUUAUGUCCUUUUCCAUCUCCAAGGAUCUCUAAAAAUGUUCGAAACAUGCCGCGCAGGCUUUCUCCUCACGCCUACAUUUAUUAAACCCAGCAAGCUUUUUGCCCGUUUGGCAAGAGAUGAUUUGAUAGCAGGAAAUCCAACAUUGUAGUCAUUUACACAAUGUCUAGUACUUAUUAUUUCACUCUUUUCAGGCCGUCUGCUGCACAUCAGGGGUCAGUGGUAUCGACAUUUGCAGAGUCAUCCUGGUGCUAAAGACAGAUUCCGACUCGAGGUGGACUUUUUGUACACUGUCCCAAGGGCAUUUGUUCGACUAAAAUGAUUAGCUGAAUAAACUUGAAACGUUUUUACUGGCAUGGGAAAAGUUAUUUAACCAGACCAAUGGUAUGAAGUAAAUAGCAAAUAACUCAGUCAUUCCUGAAUUUUGGGAAUCUCGCAUCGCUGAUGACAGAAAACGGUUGGAAAGAGAUUGAUUUUUAGAGUUAUGAAAAUUCCCAUAGCGAAAUUCAGAAGCCAAAGUGGCGAGCAAACGUUGCUUUCAAUAACUUCUCUUCAGGUCGGCACAGUCAUAGGGAAACGGGGUACAGUGAUUGAGAGAAUCGACAAAAGUUAGUUUUAAAAUACAGGAUAAGCAAGAGCGCAAGUGCGCAGAAAAUUGCACGGGGUUAGUCAACCUUUGACCACGGUAAGCGCGGAGCCUGAACGAGGUUCUUCUGACCGCAUAGGGUCGAUUUUCGUAACCUGAUGGCGUCCGCUUCUGCGCUUACUAACAGGCGCUGACCCAGUAGCUUAGGGUAGCUCGAUGGGAUCUUAUAAAUCACACGAACUGCUUCAGUGGGGUCCACACGAUGUCCUGAAUCCACUGCAUGCGCAAGGAUGGCGUUGUCUAUCCUCUGAGUUUUACCUUUUGCCAGCCAUGCGUGGAAGUGCUCUCGUAUUCUUUUGGAAAGGCGCCAACUCGUACGACCAUUAUAACAUGCGCCACAGGAGCAAAGGAAUGAGUAGAUGCCCAUUGAGGUUGUCUUAGUUGGUAGCCUAUCCUUGCCUUCUCAGGGUAAAAUAGGCUUAGUAGAGAAUUAUUUGCGAACCCUUGCUGCUGGGAAGGUUCUCGAGAUAGCUUGAUCAAGACUUCAUCUCAGGAGUUCACUCACAGCGUCUCCUUGGAAAGGAACUUUAAGGAACAAAGCUUUCUUUUCGGCGGUCACUGUGGUAGGUUUUGCCGGUCGUUCGGCAGUGUUCUUUACAGUGAACCUGUCAGGCUACUCGUUUUCGCGAAGCAAGUCCUGAAUGUUUCUAAGUUCCGCCUCAAUGCUAUCCGUUGAACAAAUUUUUUCGAACUCCUGAUGCCAAACACCGGACUAGAUGUCAUUUUUGUUGGAGGGUAACGAAACUGGUGAAGUUCGUAUAUUGUCCAGACCAGGUUUUCUUCCGAUAGACGCUCAUUCAGACGCUACCGUCAGGUCUCCUGUUUAGAAGAAUAUUUAAGAAAGGGAGCGAACGGGCUGUUUUAAUCUCCAACGUGAAUUUGACCGACGGAUGUGCCUGAGUUACAGCAUUUAAGAGGAUAGCUACGUCGGUCUCUGCGGUGACAACUGCAAAGAUAUCAUCAACAUAGCGACCGCAAUGUUUAGGCUUAUCGAUUUGAUCGCUUUGUUGAAAUCUUCCGGCUUGCCCAUGAAGACAUAGGCUAAGAAAGUUCAAAGAGGCGAGCCCAUAGCAACGCCGUCAAUAUGUCUAUAGAGUUGGCUGACAAAAAUGAACUGCACAUUUAAUGUGCACCUAAAUAAUAGUUCCUUGAGUGUGUUCGUCGGGUUCCUAUUUCUUGUUGAUUGGCAGAUAGAAAAUAACAGAUACAAUCCACUGUCUCGGUGACCGGGACAUUUGUAAAAAGUGAUGCAACGUCUAGUUAGAACAUCAUCAUGCCAUUAGGGUUGAGGUUUUUAAUGUCGUCAAUGAAUUGAAAGUUACGUCUAAAGCUGCGCGUUGCCAGCUAAUGUUGUAUGGGCUUGAGUUUCUCUGCUAAUCAUUUCGCUAUCGCAUUAUACGGAGGACUCCGUAUAUCUUAAAUCGAACGAACCGAUAGGCCUUCCUUAUGGAUCUUAGAAAAACCUGUAUUUUAAAACUAACUUUUAUCGAUUUUUUUUAAUCACUAAUAAUAAUAAUUUUUAUUUAAUGCCAGUUUGCAGGCAUUGUCAGGGAAGCGUUAAACACAAAUCCGGCCAGCAGUGAAAAAAACUCCUGCGAAAAAGGAAUAAAAAUAUAGCUGAUGGUGGUUUUUAUGGUUUGGAAUGUUCAGGAGAAUAAAAAACUGCUGACGGCAAACUUUCGACCGUCAAGAAAGGAGGGGUUGCACGAUAUCGGAUAAUGUCAGUCGCCACUUUCUAUCAUGAAGUUGGGGCUAGUCCAAACAGAAGCGCCGAAGAACAGCUGUCGCUGUUGGCCAAAGAAAUUUCCCUGGUGAGAUCGGCCAUAGUGGUCAGAGAUCACAAACGCCAUCGCUACGGUAGAGCCGAUCAGAGGUUUCGGCAACCAAAAUUUGUGGGAGCUUUUCUGAAUGCAAGAAUCGAGUAAUAUUUCUCUUAAAUAAAGAAUAAUUUUGCAGAUUUUUACAUUCCUGGGUAUUUAAUUCCAAAUAGUAAUUGCAUUUACAGAAAAGGAUCGACGAUAGUUAACAGUACGUGCCAGAGGAAGAAAUAAAAAGACCUCGCAGUAACUUUUACGUCGGGGUUAGACAUGAUGUCUUAAAGAGGUGAGUGGGUUAAAUGUGUGGUUAUAUAAGAGUUUAAAUAGCAAAAAUAGUCCCUUUUGCAAUCUACGGAACCAUAAAGGACCAAGGCCUGUAAGCCGGCAACGUUCUUCGUUAGACAAAUGUCGGUGUUCCGGGGUUAAAAUUCUCUUAGUAAAAAGUGUUGAACGGAUUCUAUUUUCUUCCGCUCAGUAGCACGCAUGAAGCUAAAUAAAAACGAACAGUAUUCCAGGCCAGGUCUAACGUACAUGUUGAAAAGGCGCAUUCUAAUGUCCCUAGUUUUAAAGUUUCGGAGGAUAAACCCGGUCGUUCUACGUGCUUUGGAGACUAUCAAGGCACAGUGCUCAGAGAGAUUGAGACUCUUGGAGUAUGAUACGCCCAGAUCCUUAAUAACCCCAGGCACAUUUAUGGCGUGACCAUCAAUGCUUAGCUGAGGUUGGCGGUCGUCGCCAACCACCAUGACUGAGCACUUAUGCCGAGAAAGAGAAAGGCACCAUGUGCGGCACCACUGGGCGAAAGCCUGUAGGUCGAUCUUCAGGAGUUCAAGCACGGUGUCACGAUCUGCCGGCUUAUAUCGAUAAGCAACUUUCAGAUCAUCGGCAUACAUGAAAGGCUUACCAUUCUGAAAUAAAUCGGGUACAUCAUUAACGAAAAGGCAAAAUAAAAGCGGACCGAGUACACUACCCUGAAUGACUCCACUCCUCACACGUGUGAGGCUGGAGAUAGUGUUGGAAAUCUUAACGCGUUGUGUACGAGUGCACAGGUAAGAGGAUAUGACAUUUAAAAGUUUACCACCUAUUCCGAAAGAGGACAGUUUCAAGAGAAGAAGAGCAUGGUCAGCACGAUCAAAAGACUUAGUGAAAUCGAAAUACACUGUGUAAAGUGCAAAGCCAUUCUCCCUAGAUUGGAGAACAGAGUCAAAGAAAGAGAGCUGACAGGUGUCACAAGACCGAACUUUGAGGAAUCCAUGCUGAGCAACACUCAGGAGGUUAUUAUCUGUUAAGUGACACAUAAUCUUAUCUUUGAUCAAUGUCUCUAAGAUCUUCGAAACUGCGGGGAGGGUGUUUAUUGGCCGAAAGUCAUAAAAUGACGUAGAGUUGCCGUGUUUAGGAAUGGGCAAAAUGUGUGAUUCCUUCCACUAGGUAGGAUAAGUUUCACUUUCAAGAGCAAGAUUAAAUAUCUUGCAUAAGAGGGAUGGGAAAAUCGUAUUUGCAUCGGCUUUUAAAAUGCUUACUGGGACACCAUCAGGUCCUGGACUAUGAGAUUGGCGAAAACGCCGAAUCGCAACAGUCACAUCCCACAGAGUGAAAGUUAUAGUUUCUAGAACUGCCCCGGUCAAUGCCUGGAUGGCCGGAAGCGAAGUGGUCGAGCCUUCAAUAAACGUUUUGGGCAGGAAAUCAUUGAAACUAUCAGCGGUUAACUGGACAUCAACUAUGGGAUUUCCGAGAGCGUCUCGGAGGACGGGAUACUGCGUCUUUCGGUGAGUUCGUAUUUUUCUAGAGAAAAUUUUCGAGACAUUUAACGAAUGGUUUUCAGUGAACUGGACCUCUUCGAAUAGCUGUUUUUCUUCAGACAAUCUCUUAGCCCGCUCAAAAAUAUCAGAAAUCAAGGGCAGGACAGAAACAUCGUUCUGAAGAUGGAAACGACGAUAAAGUCUGCGCAAUCUGCGACGAAAGUAAGGGUAGGAAAGCCUCAUCCCCAACAUUAAUAAUUUUCUUACGGGGGACAAAACGAGAAAUACGCGGAUCUAAAAUUUCGUACAGUUGUGCAGUACAAACAUUUACAUCCGAACUAAGGAAGAAAUCAGUCCAGUCGUAGGAAUUAACGUGUGUUAAUAAUUCGAUUGAGCGAGUUGAUCGGAAAUCGAGGAAAAGUUAGGCUUUGGGGACAAAGUUUUGUCAGCCUCGAGUUCCAACGUCGAAACAACUGUACCCCGUUUCCACAUAACUGUACCGGCCUUAAUAGAAGUCAUCGAAAGCAACGUUUGUUCGCCGCUUUGACUUCUGAAGAUUAUUUUUUUCUAAUGGAAGUCCUGUUGAAGUCCCUUGAGGAUUUAGAUAUUGCUAUGGGGGUCAGUUUCUUAGUCCCAGUAGGCCGUCAGUGUCCAGUAGACAGAAAUAUCGAAAAGAUAGAUCCCUCAGGAUUCGGAAUUUUCAGACCGAAUUCGAAAUGCGCGGAAGACCUAGCUUGUCACCAGUACAGAAGUUUCCCAGCAAAUUAGCAUUUGGUUUGUAUUUAACUGUGUCAACAGUUUCAGAAAGGACCACCGCGCCAAGGAGUCUAUUCCAUGCUCCAACGAACUUCCGCGAGAAAACCUUCCGCCGGACGUCCCCAUGAACCAACUUUCCUGCGGUCUAAAGGGAUGGCCAUACAAACGGUUCGAUCCGGGCAUUUCGAAGAAGUCAUAAAUCUCUGAGGCAUAACCACGGCCCCUGACAAUCCGAUGGGUUUGAAUGUGAUCGUCGCGCAGUUGCGUGUAACUGAGAGGAAACAAAGUAUGGUAAGUCCGGCUUCGUAAGACAGAUGGUCAAUAUUCUUAACUAUAUCCGUAAUGCUCUCUUGCACUCGUUCCAUCCGUAAAUGAUCCCAUUUAGACCGGGCGGCAGACACCAAGUGAACCCGAAAGAGUGUCCUGCAGGCUUUUCCAAACAGUUCCCUGUAAAUCUGCGCUUAUCCUCGUCUCAGCGCAGAUAACACCUGUGUAGCACGUCCAACUGCUCUAGCCAUUGUGACAAUGGUUUCAGCGAAGCAGUCAUAUGAACAGCGAAGUCCUUUUGCUCCUCAGCAUUUGAAAGUGCUGUCAACCAAGGAGGUAUCGGAACGAAUCAAUCGUCCUCUGAUAGAGAUUCUUAGGAGCACACAAUUGCCAACGGCAGACUUUAAGAAUCAGCGAGCAGACCAACUGCUCAGCCACACCAUGCUAAAUUAAGGGGUUAAAAAGUGAUGCCGUGGGCAAAAUUUCUGGAGUUAGGGUCAGAGAUGUUAUCUUCGAGGGCACAAAAAGGGAAUUUUUAUGAUGCACGUGAGCGCUCGAGAAGGACAAAUUUGCAGCCAAUGUCAUUUGUCAGAAAGAGUAAUAACCUCCAUACCCAUAUAGUUCAGGCAGUUUCUCGAAUUUUUAUCAGGAACAAGACUGCUUGCUUAUGCAAGGACUGGAUCGGAAAGUGAGACAGCUCGUUCUGGGCGGCAGCGUAAGCGGGCAUAAUAGCAGUACGUCUACCUAUGUGUCACUGGACUCAUUGCCAGGCAAGUUGCUACUGUUGCCUACGUUUUAUUUCGGUGCCCGGAUAUCUUAACUCCAGUGUUUUAUCAUAAGGCACUAGAUGUUGUCUGCCUGUUUUAACCUAUUUGCUGUUCGUUCAUUCUUCGUUCUUCAUGAUACUUUAAUUUUUUUCACGAGAUUUGUGCGCGUUUUCCGUUAUUGUGAGGCAUUAACUACUGCUGACGGUCGUUAUAUUAAACGACCCAAUUUCAUCUUAAUCCAAGCUUGUACUAACUUAAACGGACAUGAUUACCAUGUAGGUUCUCCCGGGAAGCAAAUAAGAUACGAUGGACCCCGCUAAUCUGCAGUUGAAUUCUGGGCCUGAAAGAGCGGACCUAACUUCCAGUUUUAUAUAUUCCUUCAUUUUUGAUGACCAUAUGUAAACGCAAUCCAGUGUUUCAUCUAAGACACUUGUCAUCCACUUUGCCGUUGAAGAGCAUUAUAGUAUGCAUGGAUAUGGAGUUCCCAAAUAGACACACCAGAAAACGGAAUCUUGGACCCCAAGACGUUCUCUGCAGGCUUUGUUUUGUCACACCUGUUUUCAGUCCUCACCGUCUAAGAUGGGCAGCUACGGGCGCUCUCCUCCCCGAAUUGAAGGGAUGGUUUCUUUGAAGGUUGACAACCUAGCAUACCGAACAACUCUUGAAGAUCUUCGAAGAGUUUUUGGCAGAUACGGCGAAGUCGGUAUGUGUUAAGCAGGAGUUUUAUUCUUAGGCGACAUUUAUAUUCCUCGCAAUCCCUACUCACAGGAGAGUCGGGGAUUUGCCUUUGUAAGAUUCUACACCGACCGCGAUGCAGAUGCUGCUAUUCGAGGCAUGGACGGGAGACGCAUUGACGGGAGGGAGAUACGGGUCCAACGAGCCAUGUACGGACGUCCGAACUCUCGUAAGAAGUACGCGUCUGUGCAGCAUUUAACCUAACAUUCGCCUAACUUGCCCGUUAUUACGAAAAAUUUGAUUUUACAGGCGUUCACCAUCACCUAGACGUAGACGUUCAAGGUCUUAUUCCCCACGCCGCCGUUCCUCCCCACGUGAUCGCUAUGAUGAUAAAUACUCAAACGGAGACAAGCGUCGGAACAGCCGUUCGCGCUCUCGCUCUAGAGAUCGUUGA